AUGACGGUUAUAAGUACAUUACAGAGGUGUGGUGAAACUUACCAAUCAAAGAUUGCUCUUCAAGAUCACACUGAUCUACAGGACAUUGAUUUGAAGCAAGACAAAGUUUCUCCAGAUCAUAGUCCAAUGAUGUUUUUUGACUUAGAAACAACAGGGCUUGCCAGAACAUCAGAUAUUCUACAGAUUGCUGCAGUAUCAGGGGAUGAAGAGAUGAAUGUCUAUAUGCGACCAACAACACAGAUUUGUCUUGAAGCUUCUGCGGCCACUGGGAUGACGUACAUUGGUGGAGUGCUAAAACAUAAAGGACAAACAGUGACAUCAGUUUCUCCAGAGGAUGGUCUUAGAUAUUUUCUUGAGUUUUUGAAGAAAAUUUCCAAGCCCAUUUUGGUUGGCCACAAUGUGCAGAAUUUUGAUGUCCCAGUCUUAGUGAAUCAGCUGGCAAAAUAUGGUUUAUUGGAACAUUUCAAAGAAAAUGUUUCUGGAUUUCUUGAUACAUUAAAACUGGGAAAAAAAAUCUGGAAAAAGGGGAUUGAUGUAGAGAACUAUAAGCAAGAGACUUUAGUGAAAUCGCAUCGUAAAAUAGAGUAUGAUGCACACAAUGCAGUGGCUGAUGUCCAAUCACUUAUGCAACUCUACGAGAAAAAAAUGUCUGAUAUGUCAUCAUCGGAUGAUGUGUACGCUCUGUCAUACUAUGCAUGCAAGUCAUCAUUAGACUCCUUAGUGGAGUCUAAAGUUAUUUCAUCCCAAACAUUGAAGAAGCUUGUUGAUUGUUCCCUUAGUCUAUCAAAGCUGAGAUGUAUUCACAAGCGUGACCCAUACAAUGGAAUCAGGAAUGUGUUCAGUGAACGUUCAGAUGGAACAAAGAUCCCAAGAGUAUCAAAAUCCAAAAUCAUUAUUGACAAAGUUGUGGCUUAUAUGAAUGCACAAUGAGAAAAUUUACAAAUAUGUACCAUGUAUUGACUAUUGGUGUAAAUAUUACAGAUAUCCCAGGUCCAGAUAUUGAGGGUCAAGUACAUAAUAAGAACUAAUAAGUGGUUAGGUCUUCUAACUUUUUUGCUAAAAAAUUCUUAUUUACUGGAAGGUUAAAGGUCAAGGUCAUUGGGGUCACUCUAUAGUAGUGCCUGCUCAUGUUUCACACUUCUUUAGUACAUAUAAUGGCUAUCAAAAGAAUAGUUUCAUAAAGGUAAUUCUGCAUUUUUCUUUGUAUUCGAGGAAAAAAAAGGGGGGGGGGGGUAAACAGCAGACUGCACUGACUUUAUCAAUAUGGAAAGGUAUACAUUUUUUUUAUGUUUAUCAGUUUGUGAUAUGUUUAUUUACUUUCUUUAAAAAGACUUAUUAGGUUUAAACCCACAUUUUUCUUAUAAUACCUGAACUUGCUGAUAAUUUUCAUUUUUUUUUUCAACUUUAGCGGAACAACAUAAAUGCUUUCUUUUUCAUUGAAACAUGUAUAUGUGACUGUAUUGUUAAAAAAAUUGUUUAAAAAUAUUAUUUCAAUUUAUUUAUUGUAAUAAAAGAGCUACUUUUUAGCCAAUUAAUUAGCAACCAACAUAAAAAGUACCUCAGCAUGAAUUUUA